AUGGCUGCAUUUGUCACAGACCAGAUAACGCGCUACCUUCGCCCGAGUCGCCUCCCAACCUGGAUGGGCGGGCGUUGUGUCACAAUAUCUAACGACAAAUUGGAUCCCAACAAAUGGGAUCUUGAGAUACAGCCGAUCUCCAGAUGUGUCGUCAAGGCACUUGGAGUAUCCGAGCCUAUCGAGCUGGAAAAAGAGUCAUGGAUUGCCUCACGAAAGCAGAAGAGAGAUGGUAAGAUUCCCGAUAGGCUCGAAAAAGAGAAAGCCAAACGCCACCCGCAAGAACUGGCAUUUGUUCAUUGGGGAUUUGAUAAGCGUAUUCUCAUGCCAUUCAUCAAGAAUGACCGUUACAUCAUGAGUGUGGGCAACAUUGAUUAUGUUCUGUGGUAUGGAGCAUUGGCAGAGCUCGAAACAAAUUUCAUUGUCGUGAGAGCGAAAAGGCUCAGUUCUGACGAUUAUUGGAACUUGCUGCAGAGUAUGGGUAAGUAUAGCGGGCAUCUCAUUACACGUAUUGACCUCGAUCUAAUCUACCUUUCAGCCAAGAUCCACUGGGCUCGCAAGUAUGCGAAAAGAAAGUCCACUAUUCACGGCCUAGCUACAGAUGGUGAGCAGUGGCGGUUUGUGCAUAUUGACGAAAAUGGCCAGCAAACAGGCAAGCUCCUGCGCUGGGAUGGCGAAUCCACUCAGGUCAUUGCUCGAAUCAAUAUGAUUAUUGAUCAAGCAGUGUCUCUCGCUAAACACGCGUCACGGCGGCGGCUACAUCCAAGAGAGGAUUCAGUGUACAAGAUGACGGGCUGUGAAAUCUGGGACCAGGUUCAGUCUUGA